AUGUUUGCCAUUCCCGCAUCUCCGGCAACGUACCGCCAUCUUCCUCCACCGACUCCACACCUCAUCGACCCAUCCCUUCCUCUCUCUUCUUCCACACUUUUACUCAUCUACUGCUACUUCCACUCUCUAUUUGAGAGUUUAAGGUCCAGCGUCGGCGAAGACGAUCUUUUUAUCAUCAACAUGACCCAAGACAAGCGUGUGGAAGAACGCCGUAGCGAAAGACGGGAGAGUGUUUGCUCGUCUUCCAGUAGCAAUAACAGUAACAACAGUCUGUGCAAGGAGUACCUACUCUCCGCUCGCAUGUCCCCGAACCGGGAGGCUGUCUCAGCACCGCACUCCCGUUCUUGCUCGUUCAGGAACAAACCGAGAUGUAGGGAUGUCGAAGUACUCGGAGCCAGACCCCGAACCAACAGCAUGCCAAACCCCGAUCCUAUCUACCUGUCUGUCUCUUGUGAGAACAUUGGCGAACGACCUACCGGGGCACUCUACCGUGUUCGGUCAUUCACCAAGACAUCCAAGGGACUGAUAAACCGAGGGGAUUCCUUUAAGAAGCGAAGCAACAACAGUAUUAUGUCCAGUGGAAGUACAGUGACUGAUCAAAACGACCUGGGGUUGACGGAACGAGAUCAGAGAACCCGUACGCUCAGCGUGGCCUCUUCCCAGGGUAGCAGUGUUUGCAGCCCUUACGCAACCCCUUCCUACUUCCGUCUGGUCAUUCUUGGUAGCAGUGGUGUGGGCAAAACCUCUCUUUUGCGCCAGUUUAUGACUUCUGAAUACAUGGGUGUUAUCGAGAAUUCUGGUGAAUCCGUGUGGGAGCGUACUGUGUCCGUUUUAUUGGAUGGUGAAGAAUCCACCAUGGAAUUCACUGAUGCCUUUGAAGAGGAAGAAAGCCUAGAAAACAUGAAUUUUGACGGUUACGUUGUUGUUUUCUCCCUUACCGACCGCAGCUCUUACAACAACGCCAUCAGUACUGUUCACAAAUUGCGCAAUGAACUUUUCAUCGACAGGGCAAUCAUCUUGGUAGCGAACAAGAGCGACCUUGUUAGGAAGCGAGAAGUCACAGCUGAUGAAGCUCGUGCCAUUGCUAUGCAGUACGACUGCAAAUAUAUCGAGACUUCCGCCGCCCUGAAUCAUCAAGUGGAUGAUUUACUUGUUGGCAGCCUAAGCCAGAUUAGGCUCAAACUGAACAUUCACAUCACAUUUCUAUCUAUCUAUCUAUCUAUCUAUCUAUCUAUCUAUAAUACCUUCUCUCUAUUUUUGUUUCUCGCACACUAUAUCACUUUUUCUCUUUCUCUCUCUCUCUCUUUCUCUCUUUUUCUCUAG